AUGAAGUGCGCUACUGGCUGGCGCGGCCUUUGCGUCCUCGGCGUGUUAGUUGGAGAAGGAAACCAUGCGCUGGAGCUCCCACACGAUGGUGCUGCGUUGUGCUGCGUCCAGCCCCGCACACGCAAGAACUCCGUCUAUUGCGCUGGGGCCUGCCGCCCACACUUCAGAAAGCCCGCCGAGGCGCUGACGACGCAGACGAAUGCCCACUUCCGGGAUCAGCGGGGACAGCAGGCGACGCCACGACACGCCGCGGCGCCCACCCAAGAAAAGGUCCUCGCUUUGGCCGGGACCACUAAGUUUCGCAUCCUCACUCAGCGGACGGUGCCGGCGGAGGGGCGCAACGCACGGCCGCACUGUCACAGUUGA